UAAGAUAGGUCCUCCCACUCCCUCCCACGCCACAGACCUACACUCUCGCAGGCAUGGGUCUCACAUGGCACACGGAGGAACGCAGCAGCGACUAUCGCUACAGAAUGACCAAAUCCAAGAUGCGUUCACGCUGUCUGAUCUGCUUUGGUUUGUUUUGCGUCGCGGGGAUCGUUCUUGUUUGCUUGUACGUUUAUUUACCUAUCUCCUGCUCCAAUGGUAACUGCUGCUCCAAUGGUAACUGCACCAGAGGAGCGGUGGCCGCGGACUCUGAGAUGUGUUCCAAUAUCGGCAGGGACAUGCUGAAGAAGGGAGGCUCUGCAGUGGACGCGGCCAUCGCUGCCCUGAUCUGUACGGGUCUGGUGAACCCCCAGAGCAUGGGCCUCGGAGGAGGCUCCAUCUUCACCAUCAAAGACAAGGCUGGUAAAGUGACCGUGAUCAGCUCCAGAGAGACAGUCCCUAAGACCAUCAAGGCCAACCUGAUGAGCGACUGCGCAGGAAAGAUGUUUUACCACGGGGCCCAGUGGAUCGGUGUUCCCGGUGAGAUCCGUGGAUAUAAGGCGGCCCACGAUCUCUAUGGGAAACUGCCCUGGGAGGAGCUCUUCCAACCCUCCAUCCGAUUGGCUCGUGAGGGCAUCCCUAUGCCACCUUACCUGUUCCGUUUCAUCAGCCACCCAAUGAUUAAGCCCCUCAUCACCAGUUACCUCUGUGACCUGUUCUGUCAUAAGAACAAGACGCUACUGACCACUAAGGAUACCCUGCGGUACCCAAAAUUGGCAGACACCAUGGAAACCAUUGCAAAAGACGGGCCUGAAUCCUUCUACUCUGGCACCAUUGCUCAGGAUUUAAUUGAUGACGUCCAAGCGGCAGGUGGGUCGUUAACCAUGGAGGAUCUGAAGUCUUAUAGAGUCAGACACAAUGAUGCACUGAGUGUUCCGAUGGGAGAUUACACCAUGCACAUUCCCCCACCACCAGCAGGGGGAGCCAUACUCACCUUUAUCCUCAACAUCAUGAGAGGGUACAAGCUCUCACGGUCCUCUUUGAGUGGAGAGGGGAAAGUCGUCAUGUUCCAGCGCUUUAUUGAGGCCUGCAAGUUUGCUAACGGACAGAAGAAGAGUGUGAAAGACCCCGAGUUCCACAGAGUUGACGUGUCUAACCUGAUCAGAGAGGACUUUGCCUCCGAGGUCAGACGGCUGAUCACCAGUGACAGGACCCACAGUGCAUCUUACUACAACGCCACGCCGUCGCGGGAGCAGAUGGGGACCACUCACGUGUCGGUCAUCGCAGAGGACGGCGCCGCAGUGUCCGUCACCAGCACCAUCAACCAAAUGUUUGGGUCUCUGAUCUACUCCAGGAAGACGGGCAUCAUCCUGAACAACGAGCUGGGAGACUUCUGCAAUACAGCUGGGGACAUCAGACCAGGUGAGCAGCCGCCGUCCUCCAUGGCUCCAGUGAUCCUGCACUCUGAGUCGCUGGACAAGACGCUGGUGAUCGGGGGGUCUGGGGGCAGCCUCAUCACCUCAGCCAUGGCCCUGUCCAUAAUUAACCACCUGUGGCUGGAGAAGAGUCUUAAAGAUGCCAUCGCCACUCCCAUAGUGUUCGUGGACGGCUCAAACAAGGUCUCCUUCGAGGGACAUUUUGAUAAGAACUUGAAGGAGGACUUGCUGCGUUUGGGACACACGGACGGGAAGCGUCCGGCUGAGUCCUUCCUGAACGUGGUGAAUGCUGUGGUGAAGGAGCGAGGCUGCCUCACGGCCGUGUCCGACAGCAAGAAGAUGGGCAAGGCCGCCUGCUACUGACCGGUGGUGGUGGUGGUCAAGUACCUUCAUGCCAUGACCAGCGGGAGAGGACCAAUGCCAGUCAACGGACCAGUGGAGAACUAACAGCCCCUAACGGAAUGUAAUACCAACAUGAACAUGAACAAACACACACACAUUCUCACACAAACAUGCAUACAUACACACACACACACACACACACACACACAUUCUCACACAAACAUGCAUAGAUACACACACACACACACACACACACACACACAUUCUCACACAAACAUGCAUACAUACACACACACACACACACACACACACACACACACGCGCACACACACACACACACACACACACACACACACACACACACACACACACACACACAUACACACGCACAGUGCCAACACCACUUAUAGAUGCUUCUUUGACAGGAUACACACACACACACACACACACACAGUGCCAACGCCAAUAACUGCCUGUAAUGCAUUACCAAGAUGGCCGCCGAGUGGGGUGACUUGCCUACAAGGACUUUACCCAUAAUCCCCCACUCUUUACCCAUAAUCCCCCACUCUGCCCACUGUUCACCCUGUCCUGCCCCGGGUGCUGUGACACACGCAGCCAACGACAGCUCAGGUGCCCUUAAGCACACAGCGCAGCGCAGGCCUUACUGAAGUGGCAGCCUCCAGCUUUGUAUAUCUCUGUAGUAGCCUACAUGUACAGUACAUGCAUGACUAUAGGAAUGACAUGACUAUGCACAUGUGCUGGCACAGGCACAAGGAAAUGGUGCACAAAAGGCUUGUGAACACGACUAAACAAACACAGUCGAUGAACUACUCAAAAAUGUGAACGAGAGAUGAUAGAACUACUCACUAUUGAUGAAUCGCACACUCACUAACUCUAACAGACAUACACACACACACGUUUAAACAUACCAUUUGUGCACACACUGUACAGAUACUGUGAACUAUAUUCUUGACUCUUUUAUUAACAAAUGGUGAGUUAUUUGAGUCCAUGCUUUGAAGAACAUUUUCCCUAAUGUGUGUAAAUAGAGAAUUGUCACAUGCUUCAGUCUAUAGAUCAGAUGCUGUCUUGUCGAUAAGUAUAAACGCACAACACGUGCACCACAAAAUCAACGUGCUGUGAAUUGGGAUUUUAUGUGUUUUUUUUUUAUAUAUAGAUCUUUGUUUAUGUGUUUUUCUGUUUGUAUGUGAUUUGCAAUAUUUUUUAUACUCAAUACUUUCAUGUUUUGUACAUUUAUGUGUAGUUUCCUCUAUGAUGAAUAAAUGACAAAUUGAUUUGGA